AUGGUCAACAGCACCAAGUUGUGUCAGAUACCUGAGCGAAUUGCUGGAGAAUGGUUAGUCGCUCUCACAAUCAUCGGUGCGAUUGUCAGCGUUGUCAGUGUUGUCGGAAACGGCAUCAUCAUAGCCGCCUUCGUCGCCAUACGUCCUCUGCGUAAACCAAGUAAUCUACUUCUCACCAACCUUGCCCUAAGUGACUUACUGAACGGUCUUGUCGGUUUCCCUAUAUACUUAGUCACUGAUUUCUACAAUAGUCUCUUCUGCGACUUGAUGUUCCGCCAUGUUAGAUUGUUCAUCCUCUACUUCUGCAUAAAUAUGCAACUGAACAAUAUUUCUAUCAUUGCCAUUGAAAGAUUUGUAGGUAUACAGUUUCCGUUUAUUUAUGAACCACAUGUUACCAUAAAGAAAACAUUUCUGCGACGGCCGUUACUUGGGUGUUUGGGAUUUCGCGGGUUCGUGGCUUCAUCUUAUAAGGACAACAUUCAGCUGGUUCUCAUCGUGGAGUUGCAAGUUCUCAUCUGUCUUGUUGUCAUCACGUUCCUCGUGUACCUGCGUGUGUAUAUUGUCAGUAGAAGACAUCUGAAGCGGGACCAGCAGUUCGGGAUCGCCAAGCAGGAGAGCAAGUCCAUGGUCGUUGUGACUGACUGA